GAGCACAUCUCUCCUGCACUUUUCAUUGAUACCUCUAUCCUUUACCUCUUCGGGAUUUGACAAGCUCCAGAUGGUGGCUGUGGAUUCUGACUGCUUUGCAAAUGGGUAUUUCUUCACAGGAGCUGGGUUUUCAGCACUAAGACGGACCUCUGAGUAACUGGGGACUUGGCCUGCCUUGCCUACUGAGCUUGGGGCAGAUGCUCCACAUCUGAGCUUGGGGCAGAUCGGAUGGAGAUGAGUUGAUUAUAUUCUAUGAAGUAAUAGCUCACCACCAGCCAGGGUUUAAACUACUUUUGCAGCAUCACUUCACCUGUGGACUCUUCUAAAUUUUGCUUGCUUGGGGAAAAAACUGGGGUAAGAGAGAAGGUCAUUUUUAAGAAGUUAGCAUCCUUCUCCCUCUUUGACAAGUUGAUGCAAAGGAUAAGGCUGUGACUCCAUUGGAUUGCGCCUUCAAAUCAAAAUAGGAGAAGCAAAAGAAGACAGGGACAAUGGCUUUGAGUGGAAACUGUAGUCGUUACUAUCCUCGAGAACAAGGGGCUGCAGUUCCCAACUCCUUCCCUGAGGUCGUGGAGCUGAAUGUUGGCGGUCAAGUUUAUUUCACCCGCCAUUCCACAUUAAUAAGCAUCCCUCAUUCCUUCCUGUGGAAAAUGUUUUCCCCAAAGAGAGACACGGCUAACGAUCUAGCCAAGGACUCCAAAGGAAGGUUUUUCAUUGACAGAGACGGAUUCUUGUUCCGUUAUAUUCUGGACUAUCUCAGGGACAGGCAGGUGGUCCUGCCUGAUCACUUUCCAGAAAGGGGAAGACUGAAAAGGGAAGCUGAGUAUUUCCAGCUCCCAGACUUGGUCAAACUCCUGACCCCUGAUGAGAUCAAGCAAAGCCCGGACGAAUUCUGCCAUAGUGACUUUGAAGAUGCCUCCCAAGGAAGCGACACGAGAAUCUGCCCUCCUUCCUCAGUGCUCCCUGCAGACCGCAAGUGGGGCUUCAUUACUGUGGGCUACAGGGGGUCCUGCACCAUGGGCAGAGAGGGGCAGGCAGAUGCCAAGUUUCGUAGAGUUCCUCGGAUUUUGGUUUGUGGAAGGAUUUCUUUGGCAAAAGAAGUCUUUGGAGAAACUUUGAAUGAGAGCAGAGACCCUGACCGAGCCCCAGAAAGAUACACCUCCAGAUUUUAUCUCAAAUUCAAGCAUCUGGAAAGGGCUUUUGAUAUGUUGUCAGAGUGUGGAUUCCACAUGGUGGCCUGUAACUCCUCAGUGACAGCAUCUUUUGUCAACCAAUAUACAGAUGACAAGAUCUGGUCAAGCUACACUGAAUAUGUCUUCUACCGUGAGCCUUCCAGGUGGUCAUCCUCACACUGCCACUGCUGCUGCAAGAGCACCGCAGGCGACAAAGAAGGGGAGAGUGGCACGUCUUGCAACGACCUCUCCACCUCUAGCUGCGACAGCCAGUCUGAGGCCAGCUCUCCGCAGGAGACGGUCAUCUGUGGGCCCGUGACACGCCAGACCAACAUCCAGACUCUGGACCGUCCCAUCAAGAAGGGCCCCGUGCAGCUGAUCCAGCAGUCGGAGAUGCGGCGGAAAAGCGAUCUGCUCCGGACUCUGACUUCGGGCUCCAGGGAGUCGAACAUGAGCAGCAAAAAAAAAGCUGUUAAGGAAAAGCUCUCCAUUGAGGAAGAGCUGGAGAAAUGCAUCCAGGAUUUCCUAAAGAUCAAAAUCCCAGAUCGGUUCCCCGAGAGAAAACAUCCUUGGCAGUCUGAACUUUUACGGAAGUAUCAUCUAUAGGGGAGGGGCGGGGGGCGGGGCAAUGGGAGAAGAAAGAAAUCAUGUCACCAUUUGGAAAUAAACCUCCUAGCGAAAUUCACAUUUGAAAGAAAAGUAACAACUAACAAUACGUUUGUGAGAACACAGUAGCCCAUUGAUACACUACUGCCUAUUUACCUAGUUCACCUUAACAUUUAAAUCCACAGGGUAGAUCUCUUUCCAGAUGUGGAAUUAUAAGAAAAUCUCUUUUUGGUUACUUGUUUGUUUGUUCACUGGGUCCCGUGUGCUGAGCAUCUUACGUAUAAGGAGAGCCAGCUACAGAGGAGUAGCUGAGAGGCCUUGGGAGUCCUCUCUCCCCAACUGGGUUUUUCUCUCAUCUUCUCCCUCCCUCCUUUGAAUGAGAGCAUGGUAGAAAGAGAUCUGGCCCAAUGGCAUAGGUUCGGGUUUUUUUAAUUUUCCUUUUCCUUUUUGUUUAUGGGGUGGGGGGGAAUGGCAGAUUUAUAUGACUUUUCACUCAAAUCUAUUAUGUGCCAGUUUAUAUUGACGACAUACGCAUGAGUAUUUGUGCAAACACAAGCACAACGAUGUAUGUACAUACACACAGUGCACACAUGUCCCCAGGGCCGGGGCAUCCUAAGGGGAUCACCCCUGCUCCCAGCAGCAACCUCUUAGACUCCUUCAGACAGAGGAGUCUCAGCUCCUUUCUUAAAACCCUUCUGGGAAGAUUUCCCAGCCUCUUUUGGCAACACUUUCUACCAUCAGGUAACCCUCGUCGUCAACAAAUUGUCUUCCUUAUUUUGAAAUGAACACCCUCAGGCUCCAUAGUACGGUUUUGCUCUUUCUCUGCACUAGGAGAGGGUGAGAAGAGCUAGUAAAACAUUCUUUGUAUUAAAGAAACAAACAUUCCUAGCCAUGAAAAUUCUCCCUGACCCCACACUCAGCCUUCCCCACCCUGAGCUGAGUUACCUUCCUUCUCUCAAUGUUUUCAGAGUCCUUCCUGCCCACGUUUUAAUGGCCUGGGCUUUUCAUGUAAUCUGCAUUCAGUUCUCUGCAUCCCUAUAUGGCUGUGGAAGUAAGAAAAACACACAGGACUUGAAUAGGGGUCCAGCCUUUCGUUUUGUUUCUUUAAGAAGCACUUGUAUUCCACACUCUACCUGAUUUCUCAUAGCCUUUUCAAACUACAGGGCUACAUUGUUACUUCUUGGUAGCUGGUCUUGUCUUUAGUAUUCCGGGAUUUGGCUGUGUCUGUACUAUGAUGUGGCUGUCAUUUCCUUGAUAUGAAUGCACAACCCAACUGGAUAACUAGAGCUUGAAAAUGAAGGUUUUGGCUUUCUAAGCUAUCUUUCUUGAGUCCAUCUUUGGCCUGUAGAGACACAGCCAAAAAGAAACUGUUAAUAGCCAUCUAUCCAUAUGGUUCUGUAUUCCAUAAAUGUACUAAUAGGUCUUUCAUAGGCUUGUGGUAAAUGAGGAUGAAAAGACCAGUUUUUAUUUUCAGCAUUCCUCAUGCAUUUCAGUGGGAACUUAAACAAUAAUUUGUCAAUCAUUGUUUGUGUGCCAAGCACUCCUAUUUUUAUUUUUUAUUGUGUGUGUGUGUAUGUGUAUAUGUAUCACAGGUAAUAAAGGCAACUGGAUGACGUCUGUAGGAGGGAAAAGUAAUGACCACUUGCUUCCUUUUGAAAUAUUUUGUUGAUGCACAUUUAUUAUGUAAGAGGUUCUCUCUUGAUUCCUGUUACUAGUGCCUAUUUAGUAUAUGGAUAUCUUUCUGAAUUUUUGUAAUUCUUGCCCUCACCUCUGGGCGACAAACGCAGCCAAUGUUUUCCUGUCCUGAGGUUCAAAUGGAAUUUAAAGGUCUACUUAAGUGAAAAAGAAAGUUCACCUGGGGAGUUGAGCUGUUAAGAGAUUUACCAUUUAUGAAUUUAAGUGGUGUCCGUUUAUGUAUUAGUAUAUUAGCAGGCAUUUGUUCGUAACUACAACAUAGUUUUGUAAAGCCUA